CGCCUCCCAGAACCAGGACUCACUCCAGCUCUCCUCUCUCACUCUCUCUGUCCUUCUCUCUCUAAAAUAACCAAAGGGCUCUCAUCUCAUCUCCCGUUCAUUUCUCUCAGACUCGACUGAGGGCUGUUCUAGCAUUUGUUGUAGCAUUCAUUUGUUCCCUUUUUUCUCUUUCCUUUCCAUCUCCUUUCUUCCUCAUCCACCUCACCUAAAAUCUUCCUGCUGUGGCAAUGAAUGGACCGUGGUGACAAAAGGGCAUUUCUGUUUCUUCCACAAGGCAUUGUCACUGGAAGCAUCCUUGUUCUUUUAUUAGCAUUUAUUUCUUUAUUUUCUGUGAGUGACUCUGUUGCUGCUGAGGAAAUAGGUCAGUGUGUCUGUGAGGAGCCAGUGGAGGCGAUCAAGUGACAUUGCUGGAGAGAGGGAAAGGUGCCAUCCUUUAUUUCUGCAAAGAGGAGACUGGAGGGGGAUGCCUAGCUCAGUCGCUCGCCUCUUGUGAACCCCCAGCCCCCCUCCCCGCCACAGACGCCUCGCACACAUCCCAACUGAGGGGAUGCCUGACAUGUCAUCACUCACCUUUGACCACUCUCGUUAAUUCACGCCACAGCCGGACGGACCUACCGAAAAACUGACAUUGACAAACUAGAGAAAUAGCCUCCCGCCUCCCCCUGGUAUUGUCUGACGCGUGGGAGCUAGCGCUAUGGAUAUAAACGUGCAGUCCCACCGCUUCUAUUUCCCUCAGAUUUACUGUACGGAAGCCGCGUCUACUGGAGCCCAGGCCCAGAUCACAGCGCAGGAUUUUAAAGUCAGUGAGCAGAGUAUCUGCCAGGCCAGGGCGUCUGUCAUGGUCUACGAGGACGGCAGUAAGAAGUGGGUUCCCAUCAAACCAGGCCAGCAGGGCUUCAGCCGCAUCAACAUCUACCACAACACCGGUAACAACACCUUCCGCGUGGUCGGAGUCAAACUACAGGACCAGCAGGUAGAGGUAGUCAUCAACUACUCCAUAGUGAAGGGUCUGAAGUAUAACCAGGCCACGCCCACCUUCCAUCAGUGGCGUGAUGCCCGCCAAGUCUACGGACUCAACUUUGCCAGUAAGGAGGAAGCCACCACCUUCUCCAAUGCCAUGCUGUUCGCUCUCAACGUCCUCAGCACGCAGGAUGGAGGCCCAGUGGUCCAGCGCCAAGUCCAGAAUGGGCCCACUACAGAUGAGAUGGAUGUGCAGAGAGCGAGGCAGAUAAUGGAGCAGCAGCAGAUGCAUGGCCACAUGGAGAGGGAACGACGAUCCUCCAACCCAGGUUCCCCAUUCUCAGGCCACCCCGGGGUCCUUUCCGUAGCGGCCCCGGCCCCCAUGCCUCCCCCCAUGUCCAUGGGCUGUGGCCCCGCCUCUUUAGGUGGAGGCCCCCCAUCCCUUGGCGUUCCUAUGCCACCUCCGCCGCCUGGUCCCCCGCCCCCCUCGGCAAGUGCUCCCCCGCCCCCCCUGCCGCCGCCGCUGCCCGUGGUAGGAGGGGGGCAGGGCGAGGAGGCGCCCGCCCCGACGGGACUCGCCGCCAUGAUCGCUGGAGCCAAACUGCGCCGUGUUAAUAGGCCUGAGGACCCUAACUCUUCAGGAUCGGGGGCCAAAAACGAUGCUAACAGGACGAGUGGUGGAAGUGGAGGACUGAUGGAGGAGAUGAACGCCCUUCUGGCGCGGAGAAGGAAAGCAGCUUCAGAGAAGCCUGAAGAAAACCAAAAUGAUGACCCCAGUGGGUCCGCUUCACCCAGUGGCAGGGGUGGACCCAACGCCACCGACGGAGGGAAGAAGCCGUGGGACAGAGCCAACUCGGCGGAAAGGUCAUCGCUGGUAUCGAGGGUAAGACCGGUUGGGAGCAGCAGUGAUACAGACGCCUUAGACUUUGAUAGAAUGAAGCAGGAAAUCUUGGAAGAAGUAGUUCGUGAAUUGCACAAGGUGAAAGAUGAGAUAAUUGAUGCCAUUAGACAAGAACUGAGCAGAAUCAGCACUACAUAAUUGUUCUUGUGACUCCACCUUUGGAAACCAUCUGCCCCUCUGCAACUACUGUUGCGUCUGAGGAGGCAAGAAGUGGAUUGAGGCCGGAACAAAACCUUUUUAUUUAUUCCACGUUGCUGUGAUGUUGAGGCAAUGUCACAAUGUUGCUGUAACACUACAGGAACGUUUUGUUAACAUUACAUUUGGUUUGGAAUAAUGGCAUGGAUGGGGGACACUCUCGCACUGAUUUUCGCUGUUUCUCUGGUUUUGUUUUUCUCUCUUUUUUUUCUCUGUCUAUCAGUUACCCAUGUUUGCUGUUUUGCUUCCAGUCAUAAAGGAAGAAUUUAUGAAAUUGAAUAGAAGUAACAUAUUGUUUUUUAGUAAAAUGAUUUGCCAUUAUUACUAUCAUUACAUUUUAUUAUGACUUAUUUUUAUUAUUGUAUAUGUAAUGGUGUGAAUAUAAGUUGUAUUAGUUUUAGUGACCACAAUAGUAAAAAUGACAAUAAUAAUGAUUAUGAUAAUGAUGAUAAUAAUAAUUGCAUAGAAUUUUGUCAGCAUUUUUUUAUUGUUAUUUGUUCUUGUCCUUUUUGUCUUGGUUUAAUAAUGCAAUUAUAAGCACAUAUGGAUUUAUUUCUCAUGACCUGACCUCGAGAUUUUUUAAAGAGUUUUGUAUCCUUUUCGCCAACACAAGUUGUGUGUGUGUGCGUUUUAGUGUGUGUGCGUGCGUGCGUGUGUAAUCACUGACUGAAAGAUUUUUAAAAACAGGUCUUUAACCUGAAUGGGAGGGUGGCAUAUGAACUAUUGCUCUUUGGAUAUUGCAAUCUUAUGAAAAAAAAACAUCAAUCCACCAGAGUAUUUGUGAUCAUGUUGUUAAUAAAAUGUUUAUUGGCUGCAAGGAUAUGGUGAAGUAUUGUUCGUUUUAAUAUUUCCUUUACGACCAAGUGCUUCCUGGUUUGAAAAUAAGAUGCGCACCAAGUUUAAAAUGAAUACAAAUAAAACUGUGAACAAUGUCUUCGAUAAAUGAA